AUGAGCAAGCUACAGAAAUGGUGGAAUGCAGAUAGCCCUGAAGUAGUUAGACAACUUGCAUAUUAUUAUGAUUAUGUUCCUGAACUUUCUAACUUGUCUUUAGAAUCUCAUUCUCUUUGUUCUUCACAUUAUUCUCAAAUUGCCUCAACUAACCAAUUUUAUGAGCGUCUUGUAGGUUCCGCUCAAGAAAGCGUAAGAAUUCGAAUUAAUGAGAAGGAUAAUCCAA